AUGGAUAGUUAUCAGCAAGUUAUCUCAAAUCUCCGAUCCAACCUAUUUCGUCUGCAGUCUGGACAGGGAGAUAUUGAGGAAGCGAUCGCCGUUUCUAUGAUUCUGUGGAUUUUCGGCUUACCCGGACACGAGAUUUGGUCGAUUCAUCUGAAUGGACUUAUUGCUUUACUCGAGUCUACACCAAUUCCCGCCUCUGGUACUCAAAUUCAAUCAAAUCUUCACCAAUUUGCGACAAUGACAGCAGCUCAUCUCGAUAUCAGGGCGAUGUCGGUUGGAAGACGUGAGUCUAGUCAGAGACUUUGGCUUCGUUGGCGAUUAUGUUCCCCGGAUGAGAUCCUGAGCCUUUCUGUCGAGGAGAAGGCAUUCUCCGGGUGGGAAAUCAGCUCCGGAUACCCCGAAAGUCUGAUGACGAUAAUUGCCUUGGUAUCUGCCAUUGUGGAAGACGAUUUCUCGGGAAAGGAGAUGGACUCUGUUUAUAGAGAAUAUCUUGAGCAACUCGCAUUUCAAACAUCCCAUGCAGGCUCUGGGGUCAGUCCCAUCUAUGGGUCUCCUAUGAUGGCUAACACAAGAAACGCUAAACUGAUUGCAUUCAUGGAGUCGAUCAUCACUCAAUGGAAACCGCCCUCAAUCCCCGACUCAAUGCCCUUGGAAACAAGCAUAACUCUCACUGGAAUGUGGGAGCUCAUGCGAAAGACGGCAUUGAUCUACCUAUGGCGUGGUGGUUUCGAAGCCGACAUCACGGUUCCUUUACCGAGGGAACAAGAAAUUUCUGUCAACCGAUUUACCCGGGAGAUAUGUGGAGGGAUUGAGCAGGUUAUUCAAGCUGCGGAAAAGUUUCAUAUACCCAUGGCUAAUUCCCUGAUAUGGCCGCUGGCGGUUAUUGGGAAUGAAGCAUCAAGAUCUCCAGCUUUGCAGGCCAAAGUUCGAGAAUAUCUUGAGCGCAUUUAUACUUAUUUUCAGAUACCCCAUCAUAAAAUGAUGGCUACUUUACUUCAGCAAUUGUGGGACAGGGCGUUAAAGAAGGGUUCUGGCGCUGGUUCUGGUGCUCCCUUGUGUUUGCAUCUUAUCUGUUUAGAAGAAAAUAUACGAUUGCCUCUACUUUAG